AUGUCCCCAGCAAUACGCAAUACUCCUGGGCAAUACACUGGUAUAACAAAUCACAAUGAGCAGCAGUGGCAAUUUAAUGGUAUUAAGAAAAUUUCGAAGAAAUAUCCACGAAUUGAACUGCAGAGUACAUCGAAUGAGCAGAGGAAGUCAAGGCGCCUUGAUGUCUGAUAUUUUCGAAAACACGAGCAUGAAAUGUGCUUUUGUUUGGCGAUGUCUGACAACUAAUACAAGAUACAAAUAACAAAUCGGCCACACACAACUGUCCACUCUUCUACACCCAUUUCAACUUUAGCGACAAAACAGAGAAAUUUUCAGGUCAAAUGUGAGGACUUCCCAAGUCAGAGGGGUGGGGGGGGGGGGUUUGGUGGCAGGGUGCCUGUUCAUAAAGACUCCGUAGCUUAAUCUGAAAUAAAACACAAGCAGCAGUGAUAUAAACAUUAUUACAAUUGGGACCUGUUUACAUGGAGGUGGGGGACUCCAGGUAGGUGAGGUAACCCGUUUAGGAGGGGUAACCCGCCUGUCCAUAUAAUCUCUCAUUUUAAUUUGAUCACGUUUACAUGCAUGUUAGGUGGGGUAACCCGCCACAUGUUACCUCACCUACCUGGGGUUCCCCACCUUCAUGUAAACAGGCUCUUAAGCAUUUUUGUAUCCACGCCUGGUAAUCAAAAUAAAACCCGUCUUGUUCAUUUGCAUGCAUUAUAGAUAUGGUAUGUUAAAGUAGUUAAAAGAUGUGAGAUGUAGUAUUUUCUAUAUCAAUGACCCUCUGAGUGAUCAAGUAUAAGAGAUUUUGGUCACUGAAAUUACAAAAACCAACAUGAAUGUAAUAGGAGGGAGCUCUAUUGGCAUUGACAAUGACAUAAGGGAAUAGCUGCCAAUCACAACGCACGAUACCUAUAUCCAGAAAUGGACACUAGUUCCGGAUUGGCUGGGUACUCGAUAACUAUAAAACUCCAGCGCGUACCAUUUAAGGCGCUUCUGUACACUCGAAAAAUCGCCUUUUUUAACGGAGGUAAAUUUUAUUGCGGCCCUAUUCCAUAAAGUUUGAUAUAUCGGGGGCCAAAAAUCCCAUUCGUUAAUCCGGGGUGUUUUUUGGAGAGAGACGCCACACGAACACGUACUCAACAAGACUCUUUUUCUCUCCUUGACAGUUGCACCACUGAAAAAUGUUGUCUCCUUUAACGUAAACGGCUUCAACAUUGAAAAAAAAGAGCGUCUCUCAUCAGCCAAACUCCGAGUAAUGGUUGAAAUUGCAAGUCACGUGGCAUCUCUGCCAUUGCGUGGGGACAUUGUUCUUUAUGAUCAGCUUUCCCACGAGGCCAUUCAGUCGGUUACAUUCCGGAGGUCUGGAACUAGAUGGGUUAUGUUUUCUGUUCGUUCUAUGGUACAGAGAUGGCUUUUCUCACAGCGUCUCAACUGUGGAGUUUUCGUAAGGGCGAAGUCACACAACCCGGAUGUGAAUGUGUCGCUCAAGGUGAAAGGAGGGCAAACUGGAACCAGACGAAAUACGCUACCUCUCUUGAUUGUGAAAACACGUUUUGUCAAACACCAUAGAGGAGAAAAACUGUCAUCUUUGUUGAGGUAAAUAACGCUCUCGCCUACUCUCCAAUGGGACACUUUUGGCAUACAAUUUGAAAUGCUAGCUGUCUGGCGAUACGCCAUUUUCAGCAUUGCAUGCAUUUCUGGAUAUAAGUGCUCUUAGUUCAAUGCCACACUAAAAGGAUAUAGUGAUGUCCCCCUUAUCCUCUGUCUGUUAUACCUAUCCUUCCGACGAGAUAAAGCCCUUCGAACCUCCUGUAUAAGUCGAUCAGACUUAGGUAGAAAAAUGGAGGGGCCUUUGCUCGCAGGGCGGGUGAUACAGUCAACUCUCGCCUUGCGGACACCUCGCUAUAACGGACACUCCAAUAAUACGGAGAACAGCUACAUCCCAGGCAAAAAUAAAUUACACACGUUUGACUGAAAUGAACUCCAGCUAUUAAGGACUCUCGCUAAUGAGGACACUAACUCGAGGUCGCUACAAUAUCCGCUAUAACGAGAGUUGACUGUUUUAGUGUUCAGAUCUUCAUAUUGCUUUCUUUUAUAUAUUCUGUAGUCCCAACAGUCACAGGAAUGGGCAAAGCAACGGUAGGAAAAAGUGUUCUCACACCCAGGGUCUUCUCGUUUGCAAAUUUGACAGCGGCAGAAAAUUUUUCAGCAUUCGAUUCCGUCGUCCAGAAAGACAAUAUUUCCGUCUCAAUUACACGAGUUUGAUUUUUAUUUACAUAUAUAAAGUGACAAAGGUAACAGGUAAUGAAAGCUAACCACAUCGACCACUUUUUCCAGUCACUAUGGUCGGUGCGUUUUCCCCUAUAUAAGGAAUUAUUUUGUGUAAACAUCAUAAGGUGUCCAACGUGGUUCUGGACAAUGGGAUGAUGGAAUCUAAUGAGAGGAGACCCUUUUCUUUUCUGCCGCCGCCAUACUGGAAAAAACGAGUCGACCCUGGGGACGAGGUUUUAAAUUUGAUUUCAGCUUGGGAGUUCGUGGGACUUUAUUCACACUAAAGUGGAUACACAGCCGCAAACGACCAAACAAACAAAUCAUUUAAUUAUUAACGAAGGAUAGGCCAAUGUACGGUCAAGCUGGGUCAAGAAUACCGCCAUAGAUUGUAUUAGUCAAUUGACUAAAGCGGCAGUUGAAAUACGGAUCCGAUUGUUCGUUACUGCUACUAGUGUCGACUAAUUCAAAUACGUAUCUGUUUUGUCUCAAUUUUAUCUCUGGUUUAAUUUUUACUUUCCUCAAGAGCCAUAUGGCUCUUGCUUUUCUUUGUUCCAAACUCAUUACCACACAUUACCAAACCCCAAAAGAAGGAAAAUAAAUUUAAACCAGGGAUAGAAUUGACGGACCACCACAUAUCCGUGGAUGCAUAAUGAUCGAAUAGUAGAUUAUAAGAAUUUGGUCACACUAUACGUUUUUUAAGCUUUUGAAGGAAUAAAAUUACUUCCAAGACGUUUAGUCGUAUAUGGACAACGGCUAUUCUCACUACAUGAAUAAUUAGCCCGUAAGGCGGGAAAUAGCUGAGAAACUCCUCAAAUUCGGUCACGUGAAGCCUAUGAUUGAUGGCAUGAUGCACCGUGGUCCUCGCUUAAGAUAGUACGAUUUUUGUGUCCACCUUUUUUAUAAGCAGUUCCGCGUUCACUGAAAGUGACUUCAAAGUUUCGCCCCUCUGUUGCUGGGUGACGGGGUGACGUUGUAUACUUCAUGCCUUUGCAGCUAUGCUAGUCAGGUGGUACAAAAGUGCCAUGCUGGAAAGUAAGGAACGGACUGAGACAUGAAAAACAAAAGACUUACUUCAUUUGAAAUGGCCUAUUGUCCUGGCAGUCACGAUUCCACCCCCUAACUUAAUUCCCCGUGACGGGAUAACAGGUAGGUGAUGCGAAUAUUGUACUUCAAUAUACUUUCAAUUUUCAAAUAAUUUAUUUAAUAAAAUCUAUGUGGGUUCGCUUGACCUCGGUUUGACCGUAAGUCUUAAAUUUUAGUUAUAGAAAAGUUCUCUAACAGGUGUUUUUUUAAUAGUCAAUGACGAAACGGUUUUAUAAUAGUUUUUUCCAGAUCAAAACAUAUGUUCGAGCUGCCUCGGAGGUCCAGACGUCAUCUAGCAGCCAUUCGUGACGAGGGUCCAUGUUCCAUUCGUCCCAUGACAGUAGAUGUCAGGCGACAUCUUGGUUGGAACGAUGUCAUCAUUCCCCGCGUUUUCGAGUCAUUCCGGUGUGGAGGUGAAUGCAAAUUCCCGUUGGAUACAAGUGUAAGUAUUUUUUGCUUUCAGCAAAAUAUUACAAAUUGUCCUUUCUUGAACACACUUGUUUAG